AUGUCAAUGUUGAGAUGUAUUGGAUAUAAUAUUGGAUCAUAUUUUUAUAAUAGUGUUUCCUCUAAAAGAUUAAUUAAAUUACAACCAUUUACACAAAAAAAUAUUGUUUAUAUUCUUGGAAAUUGUUAUUAUCCUGAAACUAAUGAAAACUUAAAUCAUUUAACUUUCAAUGAUGCAAAUAUUAAAAUUCAUGAUUUAAUUGUAGCAACAUACAGACAAAAAUAUUCAUGUUUAGGAAAUACUUAUCUUUCUUCUGAUGCAGGAUGGGGAUGUGCUAUUCGAGCAACACAAAUGAUGAUAGUAAAUACAUUGGUCAUUUUUAAAGAUCAAAUGCAACAAAUAAUUGAUUAUAAUUCAUUUGAACAUCAACAAAAUAAAUUACAAGCAAAAGAACUUAUUUAUGAUAAAAUUUCAUCAUUAUUAUCAAUUCAUAAUAUUUAUAUUCAAGAAAUCAUUAAAGUACAUAAUCCAACUGGAACUAAUUUUUUACCACCAUCAAUAUGUUGUAUUGCUAUUUCAUCACUUUUACAAGAAUGGGAUAAAAAACUAUUUAAUUGUAUCACUUGUUUAGAUCAUAUCCCAAAUUGUUCAUAUCCAACACUUUAUUUAAUUCCUCAAAUUAUCACAUUCACUGAACAUCAAUUAAUUUUAGAUUCAUUAACUCUUUCUCAAAGUCGAGGAUUUGUUGGUGGUAUUGGAGAAUCUGCAAUUUUUGUUUUUGGAUAUCAAGGAACAACAUUAUUUUUUUUAGACCCUCAUUAUGUACAAAAUGCAGGAGAUUUUGGGUAUUUUAAUCCACCAACAUAUCAAAUUGACCUUUCAUUAAUUAGUCCAUCUAUUGUUUUUGCUUUUAUGUGUUAUAAUGAAAAUGAUUGUGAACAACUUCGAAAUAUCUUUAAUAUGGGAAAAGUACCUGUCACCCCAAGAGAAUUUACAUCAACAAAAGAAGUUGAUGGUGUUGAAAUCUUAGACUUUUAA